ACGUCUUUUUGAGCUCAAAGACAUAUCGCUAUGCCAUCAUCUGCGGAGGGGAGUCCGUACAUGCCUAUACCUCAUGGUCUUCAUGACGGUCGAAACUGCUCCUCCGGCACUUUACGGCCGGAGGAGCAAUCCCAAACGGCGUUCUCCAAUCGAAUACCGGUGUCGACUCAAAGCGAGUCGGGCAGAAUGUUGAAAAAGCCGGCGGGGUCUAUUAUUGCACUUGUAUUCGAAAUGUUCCUAUGUCUGGUCGCGUUGUGCUUCAUCGCGCUUGCAAUCAUCGCGCUCAGCAUGCGAAAUCGACGAACGGGAGAUAGCUUGGGAUCGGCGAUGGAGCAAGCAAUGAAGUUGGGACCCACCAUAUAUCCAAUUCUCUUCGCUGCUUUGCUUUCACGCUCCUUGAAGAGCGUUGGCCGGUAUUUUGCCCAGAGAUCUGUUCGCAUGUCGACGCUAUGGGCCUUGAUGAAUACCAACGCAACCGCGGAUCCCAUCCUACAUCUCAUCAAUAUGCCUACCUCGUUCCUUGUUUGGGGACUCCUUCUCCUAUGGGUAAUGUCGCCGCUUGGGGGUCAGAGCACGGUUCGACUACUGUAUAAAACAAAUUUGACCGAGAUUACCAAUCCUGAGCUCCGGUACUGGGAUAAUGGACCCCUCGGAUCCAUGUUUACAUACACAGCGAUCAUGGUUGGGAAUGACGGCUCUUGGCCACUGUCUAUGCGUGACCUUUAUUUGGCCAGUUUAAUGCAGGGCGCCGCGACCAAGGCAGGCCCACUCGAUCAAUGGGGGAAUAUCAAGAUACCCAGGCUGGAAGCAGCAAACCAGUCGGAGGCGGACGCUGACGGUUGGAUGCCUGUCGGCAAAACAUCAGGGAUUGAGGACUUCACCUCUCUUUUCGGUGUACCGGUCAUUAACUUGGCUGAAACGGCGAAGCAAGGGGAUGUGAAUUUCACCCUUGAAUCCACAUAUGUCACGCUAUCCUGUGAACCGUUCAAGAGCGUGACCAACGAUAACUAUGAUGACGGAUUCGCCGUAUCCUGUGAGAACUGCUUCACUAGUGUUGGGAAGGAGAACUUCAUCCGCAGCCAAAAGUUCCUGGGCCUGCCUGCGGAUGGGUUCUACCCCAGCGGUAAAGAUUGGGAGUAUGCCAGUCUCCAGAAUGGCACCAUCGAUCCAAACAACCCUAACUUUACCCUCCCGCGGACGUUACGCUUCAAUGCCACAUAUUUACUCGAAACAUCAGUCACAACGUGCCAGAUAAAACAGCGCUUCGUGGAAGCCUUCAUUGGGUGCGUGGAUAGAAGCUGCGCAGCAACCAAGCUCCGGCCAUCAAUCACGGACCAUCGAAGCGAGAACUCUACUGCGAUGGACUACUGGGCCUGGAAAGUAUUGGAGAUGAUCUCUGCUGCCAGUCGCAGCUGGUCCUCUCGUGAUGUUAUCUGGGGGUCAACUACGUCUGCACUCUUUCUGAAUGACUCUAGCCUCGCGCCCAUCCAGACAGGUAUAGGCGUGAUCCCGGAUGAGGUGAAUAUCUCCACAGUCAGUCUAGACCUGUUCGCUACGAGGGCCUCGAUCCUCUUGAAUACAGGUAUCCAGGCCUUUAUGGCCCCCACAGGAUUCUCGGGAGACCUACCAACCCAAAACCUGAGCUUAUACGGACAUCCGCAUAUCCCUGCGGACGGGCUUUUGACAGUCGCAAACCAAUCCAGUUGGGAUUCAUAUGACAGCAAUUGCUACAUGUAUCCAUAUGGGCUCGGAACACUGGUGAACUCCGGCGCCCCCUUUGUUGGGGCGUCCACCAAUGCCACUUUGACGCAUUACACCCUGGUUUAUCGUCCUGAUUAUGCCUGGACGGCUGUCCUUAUUAUUUCUUCCGUCUUUCUCUUCGCCGUGGGGGUCUCGGGCAUUUGCGUCCGCCUGAAAACUAUAGCCCCGAACAUAUUCGACCCGGUCAUGGGCCUGACAUACGGAAACCCAUAUAUCCUAUCAAAAGAGAAGACGUUCAAUCCCCUGGACGCUGACGGCCGGGUCAAUCUACUUCGCGAUAAAACAGUUCAACUCGGCCACAUUGGUGACGACAAGAGUGCCAAAGCUGUCUUUGGUGAAGCCCGAUACGUUGAGCCCUUACGACUCGGAGUUCCAUACUAUUAA